AUUUGCUGGCAUCGGCGACCGCGGAUGACAGCUCAGCCCAGCGACACGCCGGAGAAAAAAACUAAGGCUUUAUUUAUUUUUCUUUCUUUAUUUUCGGUCUCUUCUCCUAACGACCAAUGAAAUUUCUCAUAAUAGGAAAAAAUAAGGAAAAAAAGGUAUUCGUUGGAACUUCACUCUCGAUCUUCUUCAGUCGAUACGCAGCAAGUCCAAAAGCUUCAACUAAUCGUUAUUUAAUUUCAUUUUUCUGAAGCUUUUAAUGACGUAGAGGAAGAAAAAUAAUUUAAAUGAUUGGAGGGGUUUUGUUUUCUAAUCUCACUCUGUCGGUGGGAUUUAUAAACUGACACUGAGCCAUUACAGCUAGAGCUGAUCGUUGCUCUGUCGCCUUCCUGCUUUUUGUUUUUUUAGGGGAUUUCUAUUGCAGGGGCAGGUAAAGGGUGGAGGCAUUUUGAGCUUUUGAGCCAGCCGCGGCACGAGUUCUUCGUCCGCGGUGGUUGAUUGAUCCGCUGGUCGAUUUAUCACUGUUUUUCCUUGCAGGAUUCUUGUGGUUAUCUUUGAAUGAUUAAUUUGAGGUGUUUCAAGGCAGAUCUGAACUGGAACUGAACCAUUUCAGGAAGAAAAGAUAAAUCUGAUAAAUCUGUUUUUCAGAGUGAAAACGUGGAAAAGCAGAUUCCUAAGCUUUUUUGCAUGUGGUGAGAGGUAGACCCGAGACUUUUUGGAGUGUCGAUGAUCCUUAGAUCUCGUUGAGAUUUAACCAGUUUAUCUUAUCGAUCACCCCCACUCGACUGAAGGGAAACAGACGCCAAUGGAGUCCGAAGGAGAAGCAGCGCCAAAGACUUCAAAGCACGGUCAGGUCUGCCAGAUCUGUGGUGACAAUGUUGGCACCACGGUGAGCGGUGAACUCUUCAUCGCUUGCGAUGUUUGUGCAUUUCCCGUCUGCAGGCCUUGCUAUGAGUAUGAGAGGAAAGACGGGACUCAAUCUUGUCCUCAAUGCAAGACCAGAUACAAGAGGCACAAAGGAAGUCCUCCUAUUCGGGGCGAUCCUGUUGAGGAUGACAUGGAUGAUGUUGAUUAUUCUUCUGGAAAUCAAGACCAGAAGCAGAAGAUUGCAGAGCGUAUGCUAAGUUGGCAUAUGAGCUAUGGGAGAGGUGAGGAUGUCAGGACCCCAAACUAUGAUAAAGAAGUUUCUCUCAACCAUAUCCCUUUGCUCACCAAUGGCCAGUCGGUUUCAGGAGAGUUGUCUGCAGCAUCUCCUGAGCGUAUUUCCAUGGCAUCUCCUGGGGCAGGUGGUGGAAGCAAGCGUGUGCAUCCACUCCCUUAUUCAGUGGAUGCCAAUCAGUCACCUAAUAUUAGGGUUGUAGACCCAGCAAGGGAGUUUGGUUCACAAGGAUUUGGUAAUGUAGCGUGGAAAGAUAGAGUCGAGGGCUGGAAGGUGAAGCAGGAAAAGAAUGUUGUUCCAGUGAGUACUCAUGCCACUUCUGAAGGCAGGGGAGGUGGAGAUAUUGAUGCCAGCACUGAUGUACUUUUGGACGAUUCUUUAAUGAAUGAUGAAGCUCGGCAACCUCUUUCAAGGAAGGUCUCUAUUCCUUCAGCUAGGAUAAAUCCUUAUAGGAUGGUCAUUGUUCUUCGAUUAAUUAUUCUCUGCAUUUUCUUGCACUACCGUAUAACGAAUCCAGUGCCCAAUGCCUAUGCUUUGUGGUUGAUCUCUGUCAUAUGUGAGAUUUGGUUUGCAAUGUCUUGGAUAUUGGAUCAGUUCCCAAAAUGGCUUCCAGUAAAUCGUGAGACCUACCUGGACAGACUCUCUCUGAGAUAUGACCGAGAGGGAGAGCCAUCACAAUUGGCUGCUGUUGACAUUUUUGUCAGUACUGUUGACCCUUUAAAGGAACCUCCUCUUGUCACAGCAAAUACCGUCCUAUCUAUUCUUGCAGUUGACUACCCAGUUGACAAGGUCUCCUGCUAUGUCUCCGAUGAUGGAGCUGCCAUGUUGACCUUCGAGGCUUUGUCUGAAACUUCAGAAUUUGCAAGGAAAUGGGUCCCUUUCUGCAAGAAAUACAAUAUUGAGCCGCGUGCUCCAGAAUGGUAUUUUGCACAAAAAAUUGACUAUUUGAAAGAUAAAGUUCAUCCAUCAUUUGUCAAAGAUCGCAGAGCCAUGAAGAGAGAAUAUGAAGAGUUUAAAGUUCGUGUCAAUGGACUUGUUGCAAAGGCACAGAAAGUUCCUGAGGAAGGGUGGGUAAUGCAAGAUGGUACCCCAUGGCCAGGAAAUAAUACCAGAGAUCAUCCGGGAAUGAUACAGGUUUUCUUAGGCCAUAGUGGAGGACUUGAUAGUGAAGGUAAUGAACUGCCACGAUUGGUCUAUGUAUCUCGUGAGAAGCGUCCAGGCUUCCAACAUCACAAGAAGGCUGGUGCAAUGAAUGCACUUGUCCGUGUAUCAGCAGUGCUUACCAAUGGUCCCUACUUGUUGAAUCUUGAUUGUGACCACUACAUUAACAACAGCAAGGCUCUGAGGGAAGCUAUGUGUUUUAUGAUGGAUCCAAACCUUGGGAAAUCAGUUUGUUAUGUUCAAUUUCCACAGAGAUUUGAUGGUAUUGACAAGAAUGAUCGUUAUGCCAACCGUAAUACUGUUUUCUUUGAUAUAAAUUUAAGAGGUUUGGACGGCAUCCAAGGUCCUGUUUAUGUGGGUACAGGAUGUGUCUUCAACAGAACAGCUUUAUAUGGCUAUGAGCCUCCUGUAAAGCCUAAGCACAGAAAACCAGGUCUGUUUUCUAGUUUCUGUGGUGGAUCACGAAAGAAGAGUUCAAAAUCAAGUAAAAAAGGAUUGGACAAGAAGAGAUCUAGCAAGCAUGUGGAUCCAACUGUGCCCAUAUUCAAUCUAGAAGAUAUAGAAGAGGGGGUUGAAGGUGCUGGAUUUGAUGAUGAAAAGUCACUUCUCAUGUCACAGAUGAGCCUGGAAAAGAGGUUUGGUCAGUCAGCUGUUUUUGUUGCCUCUACCCUCAUGGAAAAUGGUGGUGUUCCCCAAUCUGCCACUCCUGAGACUCUUCUUAAAGAAGCCAUCCAUGUUAUCAGCUGUGGAUAUGAGGACAAGUCUGACUGGGGAAGUGAAAUUGGGUGGAUCUAUGGUUCUGUCACAGAAGAUAUCCUUACAGGAUUCAAGAUGCAUGCUCGUGGCUGGCGAUCAAUCUACUGCAUGCCCAAACGACCAGCCUUCAAAGGAUCUGCUCCUAUUAACCUGUCAGAUCGUCUAAACCAAGUGCUUCGAUGGGCUUUAGGUUCUGUAGAAAUUCUUUUCAGCCGACACUGCCCCAUUUGGUAUGGCUAUAGUGGAAGGCUGAAAUGGCUUGAGAGGUUUGCAUAUGUCAACACAACAAUUUACCCAGUAACUGCUAUUCCUCUUCUUGCUUAUUGUACAUUACCAGCUGUAUGUCUACUUACCGGGAAGUUCAUUAUUCCACAGAUCAGCAACAUUGCUAGUAUUUGGUUCAUAUCCCUUUUCCUUUCCAUCUUUGCCACCGGUAUAUUGGAGAUGAGGUGGAGCGGUGUUGGGAUUGAUGAAUGGUGGAGAAAUGAACAGUUUUGGGUUAUUGGAGGUGUCUCAGCCCAUCUUUUUGCUGUCUUUCAAGGUCUUCUCAAAGUCCUUGCCGGCAUUGAUACCAAUUUCACUGUCACGUCGAAGGCAUCUGAUGAGGAAGGGGAUUUUGCUGAGCUCUACAUGUUCAAAUGGACAACUCUGCUCAUACCACCAACCACUCUCCUCAUCAUCAACUUAGUUGGGGUUGUUGCUGGCAUUUCCUAUGCCAUCAACAGCGGGUACCAAUCAUGGGGUCCUCUCUUUGGGAAGCUGUUCUUUGCCUUCUGGGUGAUUAUUCACCUCUAUCCUUUCCUCAAGGGUCUAAUGGGACGCCAGAACCGGACACCUACUAUUGUGGUUGUGUGGUCGAUUCUCCUUGCUUCCAUUUUCUCCUUGUUAUGGGUUCGCAUUGAUCCCUUUACCACCAGGGUGACUGGCCCAGAUGUUCAACAGUGCGGAAUCAACUGCUAGAGGGAAUAUAAAGACCACAGAACAACAGAAGCAACAAAAUGAUGUCAUAGUAACACAACAGGAAAUAUGAAGAUUUCAUUUUGAUAUCCACAUAGGCUUUUGUUUGUGAUGUGCCUAAGCUGUGCCUAUCAUGCUGUGGUCUUAUGGAUUUGUGAAAGUAUAUAUAUAUAUGUAGAUAGGACAGCGCAUUUUGUUGUCUAUAAGUUAUGAUUAUUUUAUUUGUUGAACCAAUGAAAUUAUUGAGCUCUGUUUUGAGUGAGAAGAAACUGGACUAGAGCUACUUUCUUGCCUUCUGGGUUGCGUGGAAAAACAAUAAAUUGAAUUCUAGAUCUCCCAAUCUGUUCUUUGUA